GGGGGAGGGGAAAGGGAGGGGGUAAGAGGCGGAAGAAACUGACGUGGCUCUCUGAGAUGGAGCCCAGCGUGAUUCAUCAGCAGGAGCUGUAGCGGUGGUGGCUGCUUCUGGCCCCAGGCGGGAUGGAGGGAAGAGUCAGGAGCGCUCUGUAGAGGCGCUGUGCGUGAACCUUUACAGCAGCUGGAGGUGAAGAGUGAGGCCAGGCUCAGUCGCUCCCGGCGUCUACAGCCAGUUCCUUUCCCUUUGGCGGCUGAGUGGCCACGAAGGUCAAGAUGGAAGAGAUCCUGAGAAAGCUACAGAAGGAAGCGUCCGGGAGCAAAUACAAAGCCAUCAAAGAGAGCAGCACCUUGGCCGUAGAAAUGUUAAGUGGUCCAGAUACCAUUGUCAAGAUUCCAUCAUACCAGUUGAGGGAGAAGUGCCUACUUCCUCUCCAACUUGCUUUGGAAUCCAAGAACAUGAAAUUGGCCCAAUAUGCUCUAGCAGGGAUGCAGAAGCUGCUAUCGGAUGAGAGAUUUGUCUCCAUGGAAACAGACUCUGAUGAGAAGCAGUUGCUUAAUCAGAUCCUGAAUGCUGUCAGAGUGACUCCUUCCCUCAAUGAAGACCUGCAGGUAGAAGUGAUGAAGGUUUUACUUUGCAUAACUUACUCAUCCACCUUUGACAUGAAUGGAAGUGCAGUGCUGAAGAUUGCCGAGGUGUGCAUUGAGACAUACGUUUCUAGCUGUCACCAACGUAGUAUUAAUACUGCUGUGCGGGCAACUCUCAGUCAAAUGUUGAGUGAUUUGACUUUACAAUUACGGCAAAGGCAGGAGAACACGAUUAUUGAAAACCCAGAUAUGCCACCAGAUUUUGGGAAACAAGGUUCAACUUUAGAAACCCUCUGUGACGAUGUUGUCUCCGUUCUCUCUGUCCUGUGUGAGAAGCUGCAAGCUGCAAUCAAUGAAAAUCAGCAGCUGCAGCUUCUUUACCUGGAGUGCAUUCUGUCCAUGCUCAACAGUUGUUCUACGACCAUGCAUAACCACAAAGGUUUCACUGAUCUUAUUUGGAAGCACCUCUGUCCAGCUCUUGUAGUGAUCUUGGGAAAUCCAAUUCAUGAUAAAACCAUCACCUCUGCUCACAGCAACAGCAUCAGCAUUGAAUCUGACUCCUCCUCCUCGGGAGUUUCUGAUCAUGGCCGAGGAUCAGGGUGUUCCUCCACAGCGCCAGCUCUCAGUGGACCGGUGGCCCGCACAAUUUACUACAUCGCAGCUGAGCUAAUCCGCUUGGUGGGAUCAGUGGAAUCCAUGAAGCCAGUGCUGCAGUCGCUUUAUCAUCGGGUGUUGCUUUAUCCUCCACCCCAGCACCGAGUGGAAGCCAUCAAAAUCAUGAAAGAGAUACUUGGUAGCCCCCAGAGGCUCUGUGAUCUGGCAGGACCCAGCUCCACUGAAUCCGAAUCCAGGAAAAGAUCAGUUUCAAAAAGAAAGUCACAUCUAGAUCUUCUCAAACUCAUUAUGGAUGGAAUGACCGAAGCUUGUAUUAAAGGCGGCAUCGAAGCCUGCUUUGCCUCAGUCUCCUGUGUCUGCACCCUACUUGGAGCUCUAGAUGAACUUAGCCAGGGCAAAGGUUUGAGUGAGGAACAGGUGCAGCUGAUUCUUCGGCGCAUUGAUGAGUUGAAAGAGGGGGCUGAAUCGAGCCGCGAGUCCAUGGAGAUCAAUGAAGCUGACUUUCGGUGGCAAAGGCGAGUCCUGUCCUCAGAACACACCCCAUGGGAAUCAGGAAAUGAGAAGAGCCCUGACAUUAGCAUUAGUGUUACCACGGAUACGGGGCAGACCACUUUGGAGGGUGAAAUGGGGCAGACCACGCCUGAGGAGAACCCCGAAAACCAAAAGAGUUUAAAGUCGCCAGCCAUACAAGAGAGUAAGGAAAUUCUAAGGAAAGAGCGAGAAUCAGAAGCCAUAGACCAACCAGAUGUUGUUCAGAGAAGCCACACUGUUGUUUACCCUGACAUAACUAAUUUCCUGUCCGUUGAUUGCAGGACGAGGUCCUACGGAUCCAGAUAUAGUGAGAGUAAUUUCAGUGUAGAUGACCAAGACCUUUCUAGGACUGAAUUUGAUUCCUGUGAUCAGUACUCCAUGGCAGCAGAAAAAGACUCUGGGAGGUCUGAUGUCUCAGACAUUGGGUCUGACAAUUGUUCUCUAGCUGAUGAAGAGCAGACCCCGAGGGAUUGCUUGGGCCACAGAUCUUUGAGGACCGCUGCCCUCUCAUUAAAACUGCUGAAGAGCCAGGAGGCAGAUCAGCACAGUGCCAGGUUGUUUGUACAAACCCUGGGAAACCUCCUUCCUCGGCUCCUUGCCCUCCCCAGUGUAGAAGAAGUGGACUCUGCCCUCCAGAACUUUUCUUCAACCUUCUGUUCAGGUAUGAUUCACUCUCCUGGAUUUGACAGCACCAACAGCCUCAGCUUUCAGAUACUGAUGAAUGCGGACAGUCUCUACAUGGUCUCACACUACACUCUCUUGCUCAAUCUGAAGCUCUCGAAUGGUGAUUACUACAGAAAGAAGCCAACACUCGCACCUGUCAUGUUGAAAGAGUUUAUGAAGCAAAUCCAGACCAGUGGGGUGCUGAUGGUUUUCUCCCAAGCUUGGAUUGAAGAACUUUAUCAUCAGGUGCUUGACAGGAACAUGCUUGGUGAAGCGGGAUAUUGGGGAAGUCCUGAAGAACACAGCCUUCCCCUCAUCACCAUGCUAACUGACAUUGAUGGCUUGGAGAGCAGUGUCAUAGGUGGCCAACUGAUGGCAUCGGCUUCUACAGAGUCUCCUCUCAUCCAGAACCAGCGAACAGAUGAUUCAAUAGUGGCAGGUGUUGCUUUUGCCCGUUAUAUUCUUAUUGGCUGCUGGAAGAACUUGAUUGAUACUUUGUCUACACCUUUGACUGGCCGCAUGGCAGGAAGUUCCAAGGGACUGGCAUUCAUUCUGAGUGCUGAAGGAGUCAAAGAGCAGAACCAGAAAGAACGAGAUUCCAUCUGCAUGAGUCUUGACGGGCUGAGAAAAGCAGCUCGACUGAGCUGUGCUUUAGGUGUUGCUGCUAAUUGCGCAUCAGCACUAGCCCAAAUGGCUGCAGCAUCCUGUGUACAGGAAGAAAAAGAGGAGAAGGAAGUUCAAGAACCAAGUGAUACCAUAACCCAAGUGAAACAAAAAGUGGAACAGAAACUGGAGCAGAUUGGGAAGGUUCAGGGGGUGUGGCUGCACACAGCCCAUGUUUUAUGCAUGGAUGCCAUCCUCAAUGUGGGCCUGGAGAUGGGAAGCCAUAAUCAGGACUGUUGGCCACAUGUAUUCAGAGUAUGUGAAUAUGUUGCAACCCUAGAGCACAACCAUUUUAGUGAUGGAACAACCCAACCUGCUGUGACUAUUAGCCAACCCCAGAAAGCCUCUGGACCUACAGGGGUACUGGCAGACUACGAAUCAGAGUUUUUACCCCAGGAAUUAAACCCUGAGCAAGACAACACACUACGUGGAACACCCACCAUUCAGCAGCUGUCCAUUCAGGAACUCAUCAAAGAAGGCAGGAAGGGCCGAACUUUUGAUUUUCGGAGUGGCAGUCUUUUGAGUGGAAGCAGUGCUGCCAAGGCUGUCCUCACCCUUUCCACCCAGGCAGAUAGGCUCUUCGAAGAUGCUGCUGACAAGCUGAAUUUAAUGGCUUUGGCAGGUUUCCUUUACCAGUUAAAAAAAGCUUCGCAGUCCCAGCUUUUCCACUCUGUUACAGACACCGUUGAUUACUCUUUAGCAAUGCCAGGAGAAGUUAAAUCCACUCAAGAUAGGAGAAGUGCUCUCCACCUAUUUCGUCUCGGAGAUUCAAUGCUCAGGAUAGUCCGGAGUAAAUCUCGGCCACUCCUCCACUUCAUGCGCUGCUGGAGUGUUGUGGCUCCUCAUCUGGUAGAGGCUGCCUGCCAUAAGGAAAGGCACGUUUCUCAGAAAGCAGUGUCCUUCAUCCAUGACAUCCUUACAGAGGUUCUGACAGAUUGGAGUGAGCCCGCUCAUUUUCAUUUCAAUGAAGCACUGUUCCGACCCUUCGAACGCAUCAUGCAGCUGGAAUUGUGUGAUGAGGAUGUCCAAGACCAGGUCAUCACAUCAAUAGGGGAGUUGGUCGAAGUAUGUUCUACUCAGAUCCAGUCAGGAUGGAGACCCUUAUUCAGUGCCCUGGAAACCGUACACAGCAGUAACAAAUCAGAAAUGAAAGAAUAUCUUAUGGGAGACUACUCCAUGGGAAAAGGUCAGGCCCCUGUGUUUGAUGUCUUUGAAGCUUUUCUGAAUACGGACAACAUCCAGGUGUUUGCCAAUGCAGCCACCAGUUACAUUAUGUGCCUUAUGAAGUUUGUCAAAGGAUUGGGAGAAGUCGAGUGUAAAGAGAUUGGGGAUUGUGUGCCAGGGUCAACUUCAACAUCAACAGACUUGUGCCUUCCCGCUCUGGAUUAUCUCAGAAAGUGUUCCCAGUUGCUUGCCAAAAUCUACAAGAUGCCCUUGAAACCAAUUUUUCUUGGUGGGAGGCUUGCCAGUUUGCCUCGGAGAGCUCAAGAGCACUCAGCAAGUAGUGAAGAUGGGAUAGAAUCGAUACUUUCUGAUUUUGAUGAUGAUACGGGUCUUAUAGAAGUCUGGAUCAUCCUUCUGGAACAGCUGACUGCAGCUGUAUCCAAUUGUCCUCGUCAGCACCAACCUCCUACCUUGGAUUUACUCUUUGAGCUCUUGAGAGAUGUUACCAAAGUACCCGGACCAGGGUUUGGAAUAUAUGCAGUUGUACAUCUCCUCCUUCCUGUGAUGUCCCUAUGGCUCUGCCGUAGCCAUAAAGACCAUGCUUAUUGGGAUGUUGCCUCAGCUAAUUUCAAGCAUGCCAUUGGUUUGUCCUGUGAACUGGUGGUAGAACAUAUCCAGAGCUUUAUCCAUUCAGAUAUUAGGUAUGAAAAUAUGAUCAACUCAAUGCUAAAAGAUCUCUUCGAAUUACUGGUAGCAUGUGUGGCCAAACCAACAGAAACUAUCUCCAGAGUUGGCUGUUCUUGUAUUCGGUAUGUUCUUGUAACAGCAGGACCUGUUUUCACUGAAGAAAUGUGGAGGCUUGCGUGUUGUGCACUGCAAGAUGCAUUCUCUGCCACACUUAAACCAGUGAAGGACCUAUUGGGCUGUUUCCACAGUGGAAAUGAAAGUUUCAGUAGUGAUGGCUGCCAGGUGAGAGUGGCAGCCCCCUCUUCUUCUCCUAGUGCUGAGGCAGAGUACUGGCGGAUCCGAGCCAUGGCACAACAAGUUUUCAUGUUAGACACUCAGUGCUCACCAAAGACUCCAAACAACUUCGAUCAUGCCCAAUCCUGUCAACUGAUCAUUGAGCUGCCUCCUGAUGAGAAGCCAAAUGGGCACACCAAGAAAAGUGUCUCUUUCAGGGAAAUUGUGGUGAGCUUAUUGUCUCAUCAAGUACUGCUCCAGAACUUAUACGAUAUCUUGUUAGAAGAGUUUGUCAAAGGCCCCUCCCAAGGGGAAGAGAAGACAGUUCAAGUGCCAGAAAACAAGUUAGCUGGUUUCCUCAGGUAUAUCUCCAUGCAGAACUUGGCCGUCAUCUUUGACUUGCUCUUGGACUCCUAUAGGACAGCCAGAGAGUUUGACACGAGCCCAGGAUUGAAAUGCCUUCUGAAGAAAGUAUCUGGCAUUGGAGGGGCAGCCAACCUAUACCGCCAGUCAGCAAUGAGCUUUAACAUCUACUUUCAUGCCCUGGUCUGUGCUGUCUUGACCAACCAGGAGAAUAUCACUGCUGAGCAGGUAAAGAAAGUCCUUUUUGAAGAUGAUGAAAGAAGUACAGAUUCUUCUCAGCAGUGUUCAUCAGAGGAUGAAGAUAUUUUUGAGGAGACAGCACAGGUCAGCCCUCCACGGGGGAAAGAGAAGAGACAGUGGCGGUCUAGAAUACCCUCUCUGAGUGUCCAACCAGUCAGCAACGCAGACUGGGUGUGGUUAGUCAAAAGGCUUCAUAAGCUCUGCAUGGAACUGUGCAACAAUUAUAUCCAAAUGCACUUGGAUCUGGAAAAUAAUGUGGAGGAACCUCCUACCUUCAAGAGUGAUCCUUUCUUCAUUCUCCCCUCCUUCCAGUCUGAGUCAUCCACCCCAUCCACAGGAGGGUUUUCAGGGAAGGAUACACCUUCGGAGGAUGACCGAAGUCAAUCAAGGGAUCAUGUGACUGAUGCUUUGACUCCAAAGGGAAACAUUGGGGAUAUGUCAGAGCUGCCCUCCAGUCCCAAAGGAGAGAGGAAAGAUCAAAGCAGGAAGAAAGAGUGGUGGGAGAGUGCAGGGAACAAGAUCUAUACCAUGGCCACUGACAAGACUAUUUCAAAGUUGAUGACUGAGUACAAGAAGAGGAAGCAGCAGCAACAUAACCUGGUCCCAUUUGCUAAAGACAUCAAGAUGGAAAAGAAAGGAGAGCAACUGGGCUCCAGGGGACCAGACUCACCACUUCUCCAGCGUCCACAGCAUUUGAUGGACCAGGGCCAAAUGAGGCAUUCCUUCAGUGCUGGUCCAGAAAUCCUGAGGCAAGAGAAGAGACCAUGCUCUGGCUCAACAGUGAGCUCCCUGAGUAUAUCUGUAAGAGAUGCAGAGGCCCAGAUCCAGGCAUGGACCAACAUGGUGCUAACAGUUCUCAAUCAGAUUCAGAUUUUGCCAGACCAGACAUUUAUUGCCCUCCAACCAGCAGUAUUCCCCUGUAUUAGCCAACUGACUUGUCAUGUAACUGAUAAUCGAGUUCGCCAGGCUGUAAGGGAAUGGCUCGGAAGAGUGGGCCGAAUCUAUGACAUCAUCAUUUAGAAGAAAUACAUUCCAUCAGAUAGGAGAAGAAAGUAAUGAGGGUUAAAGGUAUGCCAACAAUCUGGUUGACAGUAGUGUCCCACUUCCCCCUUUAACAUUUAGGAGAAGGAGCCUGUACAUUUGAAGAUGAUAACUAAACAAGAAGCCUUUCAGGAUACCCAAUCUUGAGCUAGCCAUGUGUCCAAUCUAGGAAAAUACACCAUGUGAGAUGCAUUGAUCUCAUUCAUUGCUUUAGAAAUGUCUACCACUGAAGCACCUCCUUCUGUAUGUUGAACACUAUUACCCAUUGCUUCAGUGUGUGAUUGUUUCCAGAAAGGUCAUGUCCAAGGGCUACCUUUUUGAAAGCACUUUGUUGGCUCAGUGGAAUUAGACACAAUGGGGACCUUGCAACUGAUGCCACCUCUUCAAAAAAAAGAAGAAGAAGAAAUCAGGCUGGUAUCAAAGACGCAGAAAAUCAGUAUCCGGUGAUGUUAAUGGUAGUUAAUGAAGAGCUAGACUACCCAUGUCAAUUGAUGGGGAUGGAAAUUGAUACAACAAUGUUAUGAAAUGAAGGACAAUUUUUGCCAAAUAUGCCCAAAAGAUUAUCAGGAUGCUUGUUUUAAAAAAUCCUCUGUUAAUCAAGUUUUACAAGCAUUUGUACCAACUUAACCAAGAGGACUAAAUUCAAGCUUUUGUGUAUCCAUAUUUAGAGAGAGACCCUUUCCUGAAAGGGUUCAUGAUUAAUCACAAUGGUCCUGACCCUAUCCUCACAAUGCUCAAUGAUUUUGUUGGAGUGUUAUUAUUAGCAGACAUAGGAACCAUCAUAUAGUUAGGAAUAAUUUGAUUGGCUUACUUAAUCUCCCAACUAAUGUUUUGAGAAUGUAUUAGGAAAUAGUAUGAAUCGAUUGUGUCUCAAGGACUCCAGACUUCCUUUGUACACAGACCUGAGUACCAUAUUUGUCUGAAUAUGAGGUAAAGUGCUUUAAAAAAUUUUAAUACAUCUUACCUUAUAUUCAAGUCAUGGGGAAUGAGUAAUGAAAACUUUAGAGUCCUUCAGGGCUAGGAAAAACAGACUCUUGCUAGUUGUUUCAAAGCCCUUAUAAAUGAUACCUCAGGGCAGGGACAGGAUAAGAGUCAAGGUGAGUGAUUUAACCACUUCUAAUUCUGCUUUUAAAACCUUAUUAUGUUUCAGUAGUUGAAACUGUAUUAUUCUGGCUUUUUCUUCUUGAAAAGAGCUCUAAAGGGUUCUAAAAUUGAAAACAAGUGGUUAAGAAGACAGACUGGGAUGAAGAUGAGUAACACCAGCUUUGACCUCAGACCUGGAAAAGUUAAGGGACUGAGGGGGCCAUACUCAAGGAAUGGAGUAUUUCAUACACUUGAGUUCUUUUGUGAACUAAACAUUUCUCUUCUUUGGAAGGUGGAGGAAUUUUAUAUUCAAAGUCACUGGAGACUUCAGCUAAGCUAAUAAAUGGGAACAAGGGUAGAUAAAAUAUAGAUUACCCUGACCUUCAUCUAGUUGCUACAAGAGAAGACAAUUAGGACAUGAUUUUUACUAGUUGCAAUAUAUUUUAGAUUUCUCAAAACUAUGGACCAUUCUGUUGAUAAAUUAAUCUUAUUAAGUUCUUAAGGAAGUUUUUCAGAGAUAAGAGAUACAAAUACAGAGAUAUACAAAUGAUGAUUUUCACCCACUUCCAACUUCUUUUUUUCCAGACUGAAUGUCUUAUCACUCUUGAAAAUAAACAAACUAUUUGCCAAAGUAAUAAGGAUUUUCUACUGGGUUUUAUCCAGUCUUGGUAGCUAAAAGGCUUCAUUUGGGCAGGUCAAUUAUUCUUUAUUUUAAAGAGGGGCUUUAUAGAUCUUAUAUGUUAUCCAGAAGGGUGAAAAUUAGUUGUAAAUUCUGAAUUUUAUGAGUAGAUUAUUGAAGGCAUUUCCCCCCAAUGCUUUAGGGGGAAAGAAACAAUAUAAUUAUAGACUAUUCCAUAUAGUGACAUCCACAGGGAAAAAGGGAAUGUGUUCGCAUUGAACAGUACUCAUUCCUUAUACUCUUUGUUUAAGUUGUAUCAUUCCAUUAGACAAGAAUUAACUGGAUUGGGGAGAUCCCUUCCAACUCUGACAUUCUGUAGUAGACCAACAAAUCAGGUAGACCCUAACUCUGCUUUGUUUCCCAAUAGUUUUAUAUGCUAUGGAUUUCCUAUGUUUUGUAAUUGGAAUUGGUGGCAUAGUAAGUACUUUAUAAAAGAAGGCUGAGCUCUCUGUUUUAUUUUGUAGCUUAGCUGCUUCCUUGGAAAACCCCCACGCGUUCUACAAGUUUUGAAGCUCUGUAUACAAAACACAUCAUUAGGUUCUAUAUAGAAAGCGAAUUUGUCAUAUAGAAGUCUUUGUUGAAAUUGUAGAAGGAAAAAGCACCUGUUUUUCUCAACCACAAAGUAGGAUAUGGAAACUGCUUCUUCAUACAGAUCAAAUACCUCUUAAGGAUAUAUACUAUAGCAGAGAUUCCCCUUGAAAAAUACCCCUCCAAAAUUAAUACAGCUUCACUGGUCCUACAUCAAGGUCCUAGGCUGACAGCAAUUGAAAAACUGUCUACAUGUCUUCUAAAAAUCCUUCAAAGGAGCCAAAAGCAGAAUCCUUAAAGUCAGAAGGGAAUCUCAAAUAAAAAGAGUUUGCAAAGCCAUCAGUUGCACUUAUAGAAUGAAGUCUAGGCCAUUUCCAGUUUGUAAACAGUUUAUAAAUAUUCAUAAAUUAGUUUGGGACAGUUUCCCAUGGAAAUUUAGAAAGUAUGGCUAGGUAAUCAGGUAGCUCACAAAAGAUUGACCUAUAAUUUUGCCAAGUGCUGGAUUUGGAAUUUGAAUCCAACCCCAAACACUUUCUAGCUGUGUGACCCUAAAGUCACUUAACCUCUUUCUGCCUCAGUAUCCUCAUCUGUAAAGUAGUGAUAAUAAUAGCACCUAACUCCCAAGGAGAUAGUGGGGAAGAAUAAAUAAUAUUAUAAAGUACUUUGCAAAACCCAAAGCUCUAUAUAAAUCCUAGCUAUUAUAAUAACUAUAAUAAUAAUAAUGAGAUUCAGGAGAUCUUAGUAGUCAGUUAGUGCAAUCCCUUCUAUAACAUGUCCAAAAAGGAACCAUCUGUUUGGAGAACCCUAGUGAUGUAGAAUAAACCACUACCAAGGAAGCCUUAAUUCUUUUUUUGCUCACUUAAUUUAUUUGCUGUUGCCACAAGUAUCUUAUGAUGAGAUCAGAAUUUGAAACAAGUAGCUUCCCCCAUGUUUCUUUGCUCUUUUUCUCUUUUAAUGUGUCUCUGGAACCCUAAAAUGGAAGGGGGAGAAUUCUGAUUCUAAGGUGUAGGCAACCUACUUUUCUUUUGUUAAUUAUUCUUCCUGAUUUAUCAUUCUUUUUUUUAAAGAAUAGAUGAUAAGGAAGAGUUGUCUAUAGAUGGUCUAAGCUAUCCAGAACUAUGCUUAUUUGGAAUUUUUGUUUGACUUGUGCCCAUCAUUGCUAAGACUUACUGCCUGACUACCCUGCCCCUUCCCAAAUUCUUCCAAACUCCUAUUUAUCUUCUUUUUUCCAACUCUUCCAUAUACACAAAAUGAGAUAAUGAACUUUCAUAAAUUUAGGCUCCUUGAUUUGUGAAUAGUUAAAGAAAGAUGUUAAUAUGUUUUAAAAGCAAACAUGAAAUAAAUUUAUUUAUUUUCAAAUUUGACAAAAACAAUAUAAAGAGUUUAAUUUAAGCAUAUUUAAUAUUUUAUAAGAAUUUAUUCAGAGUUUAAGGCUUUAUAUUAGGAAAUUUACUUUAUGUCUUUGGGCCCUGGUUCCCUUAUCUGUUUUUUUAAAAAAAAAGAAUUGUACAUAAUGACCUCUGUGGUAUUUUCUAAUUCUAAAUAUGUGAUCCUGUGCCCCCCCCCAUUUCCCAGAAAAUUACAAUGUGAUUCACAUAAGAAAACAUUGAAAUAUUCAUAAUAAAAAGAAAAAGCUCUUCUUAUAUUAUUGUUCCUCCAAAAUAAACUCAUUUGAUGUGAUUAUGACAAAAGUAAAAGAUAGGCUUAAGUUUCUCUAAUGCUUUAAAACAUACAAAGCAAUUUCCUCACAACAGAAUCUCAAGAAUUGGAAACAGAUAACCUCAGAAGCCACCCUGAACCAUAUUGUUGCUCAUUCAGUCAUGUCUGUCUCUGUGGUGACUUAUUUUCGAGUUUUCUUGGAAAAGAUUUUGGAGAUUUUGGUUUGUCAUUUCCUUCUCCAGUAUACAACCCAUACCUGAAGAGAAAUCAAUCUACAUUAUCUUCAAGAAGUGGUCAGUCACCACUUCAGCUUGAAGUUCUCUAAUGAUGGAGAAGUUAAUACUUUCUAAAGCAGUUCAUUUCACUUUUGGAUGGAAAAAAAUAGUUAUUUUGUCCUUCCUUAAUCUGUUUUCUAGUCAACAUUCCCAAUUUUCUCAGCAGUUCCUCACAUGGACCAAAUUAAAAAUCUUUCACUGUUGUGGUCAUCCUCCCUUGGGCAUUCUCCUUCUUAACAAUGUCUUUGUUAAAGUGCACCUAGCUCCUGGAACUGAACACAGUACUCUAGCUAUAGUCUGAACAAGGUAGAGCUUAAUAGAGAUGUAUUCUCUUCCUUUUUAAGGGACCCUCAACUCAUGAACUUAGAGCUAGAAGUAAUCUUGGAAAUCCUAAAGGUGGAAUGAGUUGUCCAAAGUUGCACAGUUAGUAAGUAGCAGAAUCCAAAUUCAAACCUUGGUUUUUAGGCUACAAAUCCAGUCUUCUUUCCAUUGUACUGUAAUACCCUUUGGUCAGAGCAACAUCAUGUAUAUAGUGUAUUGCUCAUGGAUCCAUCCCUAGAAAGUGCCAGGCUUUGAGCCUAGGUAUUCUCACCUAAAUUUAGUUUUCUGUCUACCACCAUAUGUACAUAAGCAGUCUCAGAUCAGUUGAGUAAUAACCAUCAAUAUAAGUAGCAUCUUAAAAAAACAGAGAGUUUUUAAAGAACCACAAAACAGGAUUCAGGUGUGCAUAGAAAGAUUGAGCUUGGGGCACUCUAGUAGGAAAUCAUGUAUGGUUUUAGAUUAGGCAAAAAACCAAUAUAUUAUUGCUUACUUCUCCGAAGUUCUUCAAGAAAUCAAUAGAAUUCAUCAAAGUUCAUUUAUUGAUAACCUACUAAGUGACAGGAAAAUAUCCCAGUACCCAAGGAACUUAAAUUCAUUUAGGAAAGAUGAAAAGUAUGCAUAUGAUGAAAUAUGGUAUAUUUGAGGGGUUUUAUUUUCCUUUUAACAGAGAACUAAGCUUUAAUCUUAAAACCAAUCCCUUGAAGAUUACUUUAGGGAACUGAUAAAAUCUAGCAUAUGUGAUGAAAUAAGCUCAUAUUUUAUUCACAGUUCUUUAGAAAAUGAAAAUUUAAGUCUUGGUAAAACAAUCUUUUCUGUUCGUUGUGCUAUUGUAGUUCAGGGAACAGUGUCCUAAUUCAUUAGGGCCUUUCUAUUAUAUCCUUGGGAAGAAUAUUGGGCUGUUUGGGUUUGAAAGAACAGAAAACAAUAAACCAAUUUGGGAGCCUAAUUGUUCUGUCUAGUUGCAGGUAUAUGCUAUUGUUUUUAUUAGUAAUCACUGAAUCGACCAACAUUUGUUAAUCACCUACUGCAUGCAAGGUUCUACAUGCUGAAGGAAAUACAGUUUCAUUAAGUACCCUGUGCUCCAAAGAAUUAUUUUCUAGUCAUUAACACAUAAAUAUACAAGUAACUAUAGUAUACAAUAUUAUAUAAGUGCAUUUGGAGCAACACAAUGUAUUGUCCAAGGAUUAAGAUUGCUACCAAAUUCUGAGGAUCAAAGAAGACUCCAUGGAGACACGUUAUUUCAGUUGUGUUUUAAAAGAAACAUAGGAAUUCAGCUAGCAAAGAUGGGGAAAAGAAGCCAUUUCAAGCAAAACUCUGGAAGGUAUGGAGGUGGAAAAAUGCAAUGCAUGGUGAUGAGGAUGGAUAUAGGUGAGUUUGGUGAGAAUUUAGAGUGUUUAGAAUGAAUUCAUAUGAAAGAAACCUAGAAAAGUGGGAUUGUGACAGAUUGUAGAUGGCAUGCCUUAUGUCAGUUGAACUUUAUUUGGUCUUUAAAUCUGAGGUCUUUAAAGUAAAGACAAACUCAUUCUUCAUAAAUAUCCUCUUUUGGUCCCAGUUAACCUUUGAAAAGGAAAAGGUAGUUCUAGGUAUCACCAUGAAAGGAACUAAGAUCCAGAUCUUUUUACAUUUCUAAUCUGGAUCACUUUGCCCAUUCUAAUUAGUUAGAGCUGUCAUGUCAUCCUGGUGUAGGAAGGAUGCCUUCUACUUGUAGUUCUUGGGUGUUGUUGCUUUUGUGUGUGUGUGUGUUUUCACAAAAAAAAGGCACCAAUAUGGAAGACUGUGAAAUUAGGAAGCACCUCAAUCACAGUUAUCCCUUUUCCACAAAAUUGCUUGUCCUUCCCCUCCUUCUGUAGGGGAAUACCCCAGAACACAUUCUCUGGUGUAGUGGAUGAGUUGUACAAUGCACAUUACCUACCUACCCUGGACACAGAUGGGCACUAAGUUUACUAUAGGAAGUGAGAUGAAGGUGCCAGUAAGGUGAGGACCUCUUCCUGUACCCUAUUUGCAAUUUAAAAUGGUAUUACUUCUGGGAACAGUUAAAGUGACCAUGUAGAAAAGUUUAACAGGUAGUAAUACUCAACUUAUUUAGAAAUGGAAUCAUUUAUUAACUACAUUCAACUACAUUCAACAGUUUCCCUCUAUCUUCGCUUAAUGUUUCAGGGCCUUGGGGGAUAAAUAAAGGCAGAGACACAGAGAGAGAGCUGAUUCCUCAUCUCAUCUUAUUGUGUAAUUUCUGCAAUUUUCUACCAGGAAUUAUUUUUCUAGGGAUAUCUGUUUGUUAUCCCAAGGAACCAAAUUUCCUUUAGUAAUUCAUAAGUGUUGACUGUUAAAAAAUCAGUCACUUACCAAGUAUCAGAGAGAAACAGAGUUAGAGAAAGGCAAGACAGAUUUCAAAUUUAAUAAAUCUUCAACCACAAUUUGCUCACAUCUUUCUAGUUUCCAUUUUGAAUAUACUGGUGAUUGGUGUUUUUAAAAGGAUGGAAGCCUAUGAAUGUACAUGUUCUACAAACAGUUGUUAGAACCUUUGUCUGUGGAGAACUUGACGCUAUUUUUAACUCGUGUAAUACUUUGUCUCAUGUUGAUUCUUUAGCCUCCUUUGAAGGUGAUUUCAAAUUGAAUCUUAGUGUUUGAAUUUCUUGUGUCUGAGUAUACUUAAGGGAUUGUUUCUAUAGAAGUAUACAGUAUCUUUUACUACUGCUUUAUAGAGGAUCUUGAUGACAAACCCUUCCUCUCCCCACUCUCCCAGGCGAUAUAACUCACAGAUGGGUCGCCAAAAAUAGCCUCACUUUCUUGAGCUCAGAACGAAAACUUUCCCCUACAAUGUCAACUUUUGCUCAUAUGUGCUAUGUAAAUGAAUGAUUUGGAUUCAUCUCAUAUAUCCUUGGAAUAUAUAGUUUGGACUGACUACCCUUUUGAGCACUGUCACACCAGAUUAUUCUCAGUCAAGGGGGGAAUCCCCUUUUACAAAUGGCAUACUUGCCUUGUUAAAGUGGCAUGUCAUUUGUUAGCCUUUUUGGAGUAGUUUCCACCUUACUACUACAUCUCCCUGUUUUUGCCUUACUCUGUUUUCAGUAAUCAUUGUGUUUUCAUGCCCACUCCAUUAUUUUGAUAAAAUAGAUGCUUGCUGACAUCAUCAUGCAAUCCCUUGGUUACAAAGUUGACUCAUUUAGUUGACAACUUUUUUAAAACACUGAUGGUACACGUGCACGGGCACAAUGUAUGUAAACACAAUUAAGGGAAGUGGGUAAUUAUGUUUUCCUCUGUUCUUGGGUAAGUAGCAUGUGAUUGGCACUCUACAGGAUACAUUCUGAAAGAAAUACAUCAUGCAGUAUGUAGGAAAACUAUUCAAUCAAUAAACCCCUGACAUGUUCUAGCCAUUGUACUAGAUGCUGGAGACCUGAAACAAAAAUGAGAUAGUCUUGUCCUUCGAAAGCUUAUAUUCCAUAGAUUAAUUCAGGUGUUAUUUACUUGUGAUAAUUCCAAAACAAGAUUAAAGUUCCCCUUCAAAUGAUUUACUCUAUUUGCCAUUUUUUAAAAAAUAAACAGGUUUGUAGACUUUUUAAAGCACUUUAGAAGCCCCAGUCUCUUACCUAAACUGUUACACCAUUCUUAGAUAGUCAUCAAUAAAUGAAUUCUCACAUCUCUUUAGUGUAUGAAACAAGAAGUAAUAGAAUCAUAAAAUUAUAUAAUUUCAGAGCUGAAAGGAAUGUUUAUGGAUCAUCUAGUCUAAUCCUUCAUAAACCAUUUUAAAUGAUAAUUGAUACUUUUCCCUGACUCAGAAUAUCCUUUUCUUCAGUUACUCUGACUCAUUGAUAUUUGACUUCAGUUGAUGAGGGCAAGGAGCAUAUAGAAGAUCAUAUAAAGAGAGAUUUUUGCAUUUUGGCAUGUAACUCAAGGGUAAAUAAUUCUAUUCCUUACUAAAGUCAUUUAUAAAUUUAAAGAUGAUUGUAACCUGAAGUUAUAUUAGCCAAAAACUUUGCUCUUUUGCAUUUACACAUCAGCAACCAUUAUUAAGCCUGCAACUGAUAACAAAUUGGAAUGUUACUACUUUCCUCCAUCCCUCAAAAAGCCCCCAAUCAUCUCCUCUGAAUUGAUUGGUAUGUCACAUAUUGCCUUGUCAUUUUUCAUAGGCUUUCCCUUCAUCCCUUUUAGGUUCACAAAUAUCAAGGACAUGGAAAUUGCCUCCACCAGUGUCUGUUUACAUCUACCUCACUAUUAUUUGCAAGCUGCCCUAUUCUCCUGUGUUCCUCCUAACAUAUCCCAAAUGGCUCCAGUUAAAUCUAUUUCCUUCUUCUAUUAGAAAAAGAGAAGCCCAUCCAAUUGGCAGGCCUUAGCAAUUAAGAUGCUUUUAGCAAUGGCUUGAAUGUAUGAUGGCUUCAUUACAAGUAACCACUGUGCCAGGAUUGCUAGUGGCCUCACUUAUAGGAAGAACAUUUCGUGGGCAUAAGCCAGACUGCUUACAGGUCAGGGAAUUUAUUCUGAUGUCCAGUAUUUGGUCUUGUUGAAAAAAAACAGUGCUGCAAAACUUGUCGCCUUUUGUAUCUUCAACUCAGAUUUCCAUCCACCCUUGAAUAAAUGCUGAAUAAGACAAGGGUUAUUAUCUUGGGGCCAGUGAACUUGUGUCUUUAAAAAUAUUUUGAUGUGUAUUUAAACAUGAUUAGUUUUCUUUAUGUUUUAUUUUAAAAACAUGAUUCUGGGAAAGGGCCAAUAGCUUUUACCAGGCUGCUAAAGGGAUCUACCACAUACACACAAAAUGCUUAAGAAUUUCUGAUCUUAAAAAGAAAACUAUUUGCUCCCCAUAUACUUCUAUCCCAAUAGACCCAAAAGGAAGUAAGCGCCUUUUUGCCCUUUUAGCAUUAUGCCAAAGACUAACUUUAUUUUUUUUGCAUUUUAAAUCAGAUAUAGUUUAAACUACAGUGUUGCCAUGAUGAUGUCAGUAUAACUGUUUUACUUCUAUCUAUAGUGAUUCUAACCUCAUCUGUAUUAUUCACCAGGAGUCUCGAGUGUUUUGUUUUCUUCCCCCUAGAGACAUAAUGUAAGCUCAACAAGGAAGUUCAAAAUUUGGUUUUACUUUCCAUCUCUUCCGAAUCAAUUCCAAAAUCCAUUUGUUCUAAUUUCUAGAAAAACAAAUGCAAACCAUCCACCCCAGUUCCUCUCUGUGUUGGUCUGUGGACAUUUGAUUUGGUUAUUAUCUAUCUGUUUGUUUUCAAACAGGUCACUAUGAGCUGGCUUGCAAAUGUAUUUUGUGUAUAUUUUGUUCAAAUUGAAAAUUAUGAAAGGAAACUAUUUUAAAAAGAAAUUGUAUUUCUGUUGCUUGUGUUGUAGAAUAAAGAUGCAAAUGAAUUAAAAAA